UCGGAGAGCUUCUUUAAACAGUUUUACGCUUUAGUUAUUUUUUUUAUUUUUUUUACGGUGUAACAGUGUAAGAUACUGUAAGGUUGAUUGUUUUUGGGUUGGUUUGAAAUGAAAUAAAACGUCCCAAAUUACUAUUUUUUUCGUGUGGUUGCGGUGCGACCAUAAGACUGUAGGGUGCGACUAAGUAGGCAGUGCUUGAGUGUUGGUCGUAAAGCAGGUUGAAACGUAGUUUUUACGACAGAAAUGUGACGUAAAUGUCGUAAUUCAGUUGUGUCGGUAAGGAAAAAAAAUAGCUUUAAUAGACAUUAUUUUAGCGAUUGAACUACUUUUCCUUUUCAGAAUCUGUCACACAUUUAUAAUAUCACUGGAUAUCAGAGCAUUGUGUUGUUAAUAUUUCAAGGCAAGAUGUCAGGUGAAUGUCACAAAGCCAGUGCUAACUAGGUAGCCCUGUUGCUAGCUGAUUUCCUACACUUGUUUUUGCACAGAAAGGCUUCUUGAGCGAGUGAAUGAACCGUGUGUAGAUGUCGUUACGUGCGUUACACUGAAAGCUCUGGUCUUGUAAAAUGUCAGCGCAAAAAGACUGUGAGUUUUUGGUGAAAAGAGCCCGAGAGUUGGUCUCAGAUGACCCUUGUGCGGCGAAAGCCUGGCUAAUAACUGCAAGAACCCUUUACCCUGCAGAUUUCAACAUACAGUAUGAAAUGUACAUCAUUGAACGCAACGCAGAGAGGACAGCAUCUGCAGGGAGGCUGCUUUAUGACAUGUUCCUAAACUUUCCAGAUCAGCCCAUUGUAUGGCGGGAGAUCAGUGUCAUCACCGCUGCCCUGCGUAGUGACGCUCAGGACAAACAUGCUCAGUUUUUACGAGGGCUAUUUGAGACACUUCCUGGUCGUGUGCAGUGUGAGAUGCUACUGAAAGCCACAGAGCAGUGUUUCAACACUUUGGAGAAGGCGGAGAUGCUACUCCUCCUUCUUAAGCGCUUUCCGGAGUCAGUAGUUCAACACGGGGUAAAUUUAGGAGAAACCUUGUUAGAGGCGGAGGCAUCAGAGAAUGUGGAGACUCCGGUUAACUGCUUUAGGAAACUCUUUGUGUGUGAUGUCCUUCCCUUGGUCAUAAACAACAUGGACAUGCGCUUGCCAGCCAGCCUUAUGCAGAAUUAUAUGCUGAAAGCCGCUGAAUUCUAUAUCGGUUAUGUCACCCGUGGACCCUCACCUGAUGUACAGAUACAGGGGUCCCAAGAGGGCAGUUCCCUGAAGUCGCCCACCGUGUCUCGUGGUUCCCAGCGAUAUGUGAUUGAUGGCUUGUCAGAAAAGUCAUCAGUGGUGGCAGAACCUUGGGAGAGGCUGUUGGACAUACUUGCUGUGGUCGGAGCCCGCUGCGAGUGGCAGGGAGACAAGGGACAGAGGAGUUAUGUGGACAUGCUGCAGAGAGUGAAGGAGCUGUGUCGCUACCUGCCUGGUCUCGAAGGAGACACAAGAUCGCGCUGCUGCAGCCAAGUGGUCAUUUGUGCUGCGCUUGUGCUCUUCCGCAGCGCCUUCCUCUACGUCUCAGCUGUACAGCCUGCACUGUUCCAGGGUGUGAAUGCGUUGAGUUCUGGGCCGUGGAUUCUUGUAGAGGAUUUGAGUUCGGUGUAUAAUGACAUGGAAGUGGAAAGAGGAGCAGCUAAACAUGUUCAUAAGAAACGUAAACUGGCUGAUGGAAGGGAGAAGACAAUGAGCUCAGAUGAUGAAGAAGGCUUGGGAAAAGGUCGAGGUCGACACAUUUUAGUGAACAAGACUGAGAUGCCCAGCUGGUCAGAGACUCUAGACAGCUUCCGCACGGCCAGGGAAAGCUGGGACCUUCUUCACUCCCACGACGGCCUGGAAACAGAGUUUAAGAAGAUCUGCGGCACCUGGAAGACGGACAGCUGGCUGUGGUUCAGAAUAUUCCUCACAGACAUGAUCAUAUACCAGGGUCAGUACCGUAAGGCCCUCUCCAGCCUGCACCAGAUGGCUGCAGUGCAGCAGCCUCAGCCUGGGCAGCAAAGCCCCUCCGGUCAGGCCAGCCUGGAGCACCACAGGGCCCUCAUACAGCAGGCCUCCUGCCAUUAUGCACUGGGAGAGCACAGGAUGGCCUGCGAGAAGCUGCUCGAUGUAGUCAGUGGGCUGGUGCCUCCAAACAAAGAACCGACAAAGAGCCAAGAAGAUAAGGGUAGAGGCAAGACCAAAACAAGGAAAGGUAAUGACCUGAGAUUGCUGCCCUGCACCAGCAAAGCUGUUUUACCUUUCUGCCUCCAGAUGAUGCUUGCCUGCUUCAAGCUCCGUGCCUUCACAGACAGCCGGGACGACCUGUCCCUUGGUCAUGUGGUGGUGCUGCUGCAGCAUGACUGGCCUCAGGGCGAGAUGCUGUUUUUAAAGGCAGUAGAUAAGAUCUGUCAGCAAGGCGGCCUCCAAUAUGAGAAUUUCUUCAACUAUGUCACCAACAUCGACAUGCUGGAGGAGUUUGCAUACCUGCGUACUCCAGAAGGGGGCAGGAUUCAGCUGGAGCUGCUACCGAAUCAGGGGAUGCUCAUCAAACACCACACAGUGACUCGAGGAAUCACAAAAGGAGUGAAGGAAGAUUUCCGUCUGGCCAUGGAGAGGCAGGUGUCGAGGUGUGCGGAGAACCUGUUCAGUGUGCUUCAUCGUUUCUGCAUCAACGAGAAAAUCAUCAUCAUCCAGUCUCUGCCUUGACGUCUUGUUUGUGACUUUUGGACCUUUGCCUAGCUGAUGUUUCAGGCACAGUGGAAAUGCAGCUAAACUAACUUUGAUGCUAACAGCUGCUUACAAACACAGGACAUGUUUCUAACUCUCUCUUGUCAUCAUCCAAACUCGUUACUCGUCUGAAAAAGGUGUCCUUGCCUUCAAAGUUGCCCCCUAACUCAAACGAAUACUCGUGCAGUUUUACUGUAUGUGUGUAGUUUUCUUCUUACGAAACACAUGCUCAACCAUAUAUGGAGUGGUUUAAUCAUUUUGUGGGAGUCGGUGUUGACAAAGAAUUAAGUUCAUUUUUUUGUAUUGUUAGGUCCAGUUUAUUGCUUUUGUUACAAACUUGAUGAAAUUGUUAGUUUGAUGAUUUUCAGAAAUCAAGGUUUACAUCAGUAAAAAAAAAUCAGUUCAUGUACAGAUCUUAGUAAGCUCAUAGCUCAAUAAAAAUGCUCAUUUGAUAAAGAA